AUGCCGGCGUCCAUCAGCUGUCCGCCUCCGGCGCCGCCGCUACAGCCACCCGGCCGGUGCGCCGUAGGAGCACACGCACGCGCCGUAGCUUUCGUCGGACCGCGUCUCCGUGACAGCAAGCAGGAAUUUAGCCAUGAUUUUGAUUUACGGAAGCCCCUGGAACGGCAUUUGCUUAAUGCACAGAAUAUUGAAUGUUUGAGCACUCAAGAUGUAGACACUCUGAGUGACCUCCAGAAUCGUUCUUCUGCUUUCUUAUCCAAACAUCAAAGGAAAGAUGGUGGAAAUCUGAAUGCUGGACGCAUUGCUAUACAGUCUCUCUGUGCACCACAGUGUGGAAAUUUUGAGAAGGACUGGGACAUGGUCUCGUUUCUCAGAUCACUGAAGGCCAUGGUGCGCUCAUCUAAUGCCGUUGCCAUUAUAACAUUUCCAUACACAGUCCUAUCAGAUUCUUUCUGCAAGAGAUGGCAGCACCUAGCAGAUACACUGCUGUCAAUAAAAGCAAUCCCAGACGAGGACAAGGACUUGGCGAAACUCCUCACAGGGUAUCAGGAUAUGGUUGGUUUUCUGCAUGUUCAUAAGGUGGCACAGACCAACAGCCAGGUUCCUGUGAUAUUAGAGGCCUCCACAUUUUCUCUGAAGCUGCGAAAGAGGAGGUCGCUGGUGUUAGGACGGCUGAAUCAGGCCACGGUAGACGGGUCGAGCGGGCCCUCGUCUGGUGGAUCAGGCAGUUGCUCCUCGUCGACGCAAGGCUCACAGCUCGAUUUCUAA